AUGCUCCUUGGCAUAGCUUCCUCGGAAAUCAGAGGCAAGACUCAACAAGCCAUUGCCACAGGAUCCAUCUUUACAGGCUACUGCGCGGGGAAUAUUGCCAGUGGGUAUAUAUUGGUCAACGAUCUGAGCCAGGCACGUCAAAAUUACGAGAAGACCUGGAAAAUCGUCAUCGGUGUCAUGGCUGGUACUGUGGCCGCUGCGCUUUUGCUUGGGGCCGUCUUGGCUGGUGAAGUGCGUCGGGAGAACAUUGCUACAGUGCAAAGAGGAGAUCGGGAGCAGACGGAGCAGAAGCACCAAGAAGUGGACGCCACAAACUCCAACUCUGCUGGCGGGUCGACUUCUCGUGGCCAUCGUCACAGAGGUCUGUGGAGAUUUCUUCUCAUCACGAUACUACUCGGAGUGGUGCAGUCGCGUAA